AUGUUGUAUUUCAAAGAGAUGUUAAGUUUACUAACUUUGCUUGCAAUCAGCACCAUAGCUGUCCAGUGUAUGUCAAAAAUUCCUGAACUUACUUUGACCAGAGACCCAAAUUACAGCGAAUUAUUACCAACACAUACUCGUUACCAAAUUACUUCUAUACAUAAUAUUAGCCCUGUGAGGAGUGCUUUGGAGUGUUUACUUCGUAAACCACUGUGUGUUGGACUUCUUUACAACGUCAAUGUCCGCUUGUCUCUGCUGCUGAUGUGUUAUCUUAAUGAAAGAUCGGUUAACAGGACAUUGAUUGAGUCCGGAUGGAACUUUCUCGCCGACUUCAAUGUUUGCAAAGAAGGAUGGGUACCUUAUUCUGGUCAUUGUUACCUUCACAUUAAAAACAAAACAGGAUGGAGCAAUUCAAAGAACAUUUGCAAUAGCCAUGAUGCCUACCUACUUCAGACAGAAACACAUGAGGAAGCCUUAUGGGUGACAGAGGCCUUUAUGCAACCUGUUAAUUCGGUGGAGUGUACUAAUUGAGAUGAUUGCUCUUGCUGGAUAGGAGCCAAUGACUUCAGCC